CCGAGUCGGAAAAGGACCAAAACGUGCGUUUGUUUACAUUUGCACUCCUGAUUAUUCACGGUGGUUUUUUUUCGCGAUUUUGCACGACUUCGUACUGAUUGGUGAAAUUUAAAAACUGUGAUCAACGUCCUCAGUUCAUAGGAAGCAAAUUUUAAUCGUUAAAACCAACUGCCGUUCGGUGCCGAGAUUCAGUCUACUUCGGACGACGGUGGAAAGUGAAUCUUGUUUGGCAGUUCCCCCGAGAAAGCGAAGCCGAGUCAUUAACUAGCAGCGAGGAACCGCGCCGAUCCUCUCUUCCUACAUAUUGCUACACUAUAUAAAGAGCCGUGCUUUAAUCCUAUUCUUCAAUCGUGGCUACCUUAGUGGAACAUUACCGCACCGGCACCGGCAGCAGAAGCAGCACCAAUAUGGACGACACAAUCGACGAGGAAGUGAUCUCCGCCGGCGCUACCAUCACGGUGGAGUUUAGCGGUGGCGCAGAGACGUUGUUCGGUGGCAUCAAGGAACAUGAGGUUCCGCUGGAUGGGUCCAAGAUUGUGCUGCUCGAGGAAAUGCUCCGAUGGCUGCGAGACAACCUUCUCACAGGCGAUCCCAACCUAUUCCUGCAGGAGAACACCGUGCGGCCGGGCAUCCUUGUCAUGAUUAACGACACUGACUGGGAUUUGAUGGGCGAAACCGAGUACAUUCUGCAACCAGGCGACCAUGUCCUGUUCAUUUCCACCCUCCACGGAGGUUAGACGCUGCCCGCAGGAGUUGGGAUCUGUGAUACAAAACAUGUUUGGUACGGAACAGUUGAAUUUGUCCUUUGUGUAAUUUGUAUUAGAGCAAACAAAGUAGGGGAUGCUUUCUUUCUUACUUUAUUGCUUGGGUAGGUAAUUGACUAAACAAUGAAAUUUAAGAAGCCUGAGGAUCAGACACCACCGUCAUGGUGGGUCGAUCAUAGUUGUGUAUGUGGAAAUAAUCGUUGUCUGGAUCGAGAGUAAGAAACACUAGAGACGAAGAAAUUAAUUUAAUUUAUAGCACGUCAGUAUCUUUUUUAUACAAAAUAAAUAAUAAAUAAAAAUGUUGAAAAAUAUUAAUAAAAAAUACAAGUUGUAAUUGUAA